UCAACUCGGAGGAAGCCGAGGAGGAAGAGUGUGGGCUGUAUCCCUGCAAAUGGAAAACUGGGGCCGACAUAAUAGGCCAAUGCCAGCAGUCCUUUGACUGCAGAGAGGAUUUGGAUAGGCACAUGCAUGAUCAGCAUUAUCGCCCUCAACUGGGAGCCUGCGGUGAUGUUUGAGUAAUGUAUCGGAUCUUAUUUUUUACUGUAAGAGGUAUCUGCAUCCUGAUCUUUACGGAAGACCGCAACACAUGAUAGUUUUUGGGACUAGUGGCAAAUCACGAUGAUACUUCGCGUGACUUUUCAUUGCGCCCAAGGAGCGGAUCUACAUAGUCCAGAAGCGAUAUAAUGACGCUCCUGCUUUUUAGGAUAUAUUCGUAACUGUCCCGCACUGUACCCACUACCACGUCACCCAUAUGGCUUCCAAGGUUUUACUUCUCGUCUCGCUCUUUCUGACAUUUGCGUUCUCGAUUGUUGGGUGGUCGGUUGUGAUCAAUGCCCUAGUGAAGUCCAACCAAGAAAGCUCAUACGUCAAGAGCGCGGCCCCUAAUGGCACCAUCGUGGAUGUUAACUAUCAUGAUAUCUACUCGGUUUGCUCUGUCAUCGCGGCAGUCUGCGCACUUUUGACAGCCCUGUCCCUCGUCUCAGCUUUCUCCCAAAUUUCAUCAAUUGGAAGAAAACGACGUCUUUUGCACCUGCAAGCCUUUCUCAUGUUGUUUGGCGCCCUGUGGCUUCUGGCUACUGUUAUCGCGUGUGAUGUUCUCUUCGCCACUCGGUCAACUAAAAUCACAGCGACUUUCGAUGGAUUCGCAGUAUCUCAAAGCUCCAUUCAGCAGAUGGAGCAAAGCAUCGGUGUCUCACCUGAAUACAGCAAGAAGUGGUACCUGCGACUCUGUGCGAUCCUUCCCUGGUUCGCGGUCCUUUUCGCAACACUCAGUGGACUGUUACUUCACAACGCUGCUAGGAACACCGAUGACUAUAGGAGCACGGAAGCAGCAGAGUCGGAGAAGAUUGCACGAACCUCGGAUGAGUAGUAGGCUUGAAACCCGGGAUGGUCAUUCGUAUAACACUUGGAAUCCACUUCACAUCUUCAGUUGAAAUAUAAUUGUUGUAGUAUACCAGCUGGCGCUUU